AUGAGCGCCGGCAACAUCAAGUCUGGUUCAACGACCAAGCAAGGCCAAGUCGGCUACUCAGCGAUUACGCCUAGUAAUCAGUCCAAACUCCUGGACAAGCUCAACGGGCGAAGGUCCACGCCUGAUUCGGAGGCUCUAGCUAGUUCUGACGAGGAACCUGAUUCUCAUCGGCAGGACGUCUCCCAAUCUUCAGCGCAGCCUCACAGACCUGCACGGCGGGCGUCGUGGUUGAACGACACGUCUCAGGUCGUUAUGCCUCAUCCUAGGAAGGGGUCGUUUGCAAGCAGUUCAAUGUCACCGACUGCCUCACAUCCAACCACCCCUGCGGCUGAAACGGGUGCUGGUGCAUGGGGAUCCCAUCCGGCAUCAUCUAGCGCUAUGAAUCGAGGGCAUCAGGCUCCCCCUGCCUUCCCAUGGGGAACGGGUAUAUGGAACACAGAGCGCAAGGAGCCGCCGUCGCGGUUGACGGAAGUACUCCCUUCGCCGACCUCGACUAUGCCUCCCGGCCAAAGCUUCUUCGGCAAUGAUAACUCAUUCUCGCAGACAUCUCCUACUCUAAGAGAGCAAGGUUCCAACCCACAGAUCCCCUUUGCCAUUCCAUUGCAUCCUACGCCCAAGACGUAUCGUUCUCAAUCAUACUCGGUCGGACAGUUGGAUCCCGAUUCCACCGUGCCGAUUCCUCCGACUACGGGGUUGCCCGGCCGGACACGCCCAAUGGGGCAUUCGGGUCUCCAACAUCGGCCCUCUCGUCCCAGUAUGCUGAGUGAGAUGUCAAAUGAAGGCGGGAUGUUGGGGAAGGUGAAAGAAGUCGAGGAUGAUGAUGACGAAAGCACUAGCGAUUCGACCCACGGUGCUCAUCAGCAGCAGCAAAGCGCCGAUGCGAAGACAAUUGAAAUUCUCACUCGUGAGAAUGCCAUGUUGCGGCAGCAGCAGCAGUAUCAGAGCUCCCGACUGAGACCACGCGCAACGACGGCUGCCACUUAUGGGCUAGGGAAUGGGUACAGCGUCCGCGACCCAGUGCCAGAAGCAUCCGACUACGCCAUCGAUGAGCUGGACGAAGGAAAUGAUGGCCAGGAUGCCGCAAUCAAACGAGGCGUUGGCAGGCGCAUGAGUGAAUAUGCCGCCGGUUCCCAUCGUUCCCCCUACCCUGUGGAGAACAGGAAACUGGAAAAUGUCAAAAAGGCGUUUUGGCAAAGCUCUCUCGGAUUUGGUGGUAUGUCGGACAUUCCUCAGAGUCGCAGGCACUCCUUUGCAGAUGUGCCUACGCGCCAGGCUUCGAUAGGCUCCAUUGGCGAGGCCGUUUCCAUGCACGAAGCAAGCACGCCCGAUGCGUCGCAGGGCCAAGAUUAUGGCGGAUUUUCGGAGGGUGCUGGCUUCAACACCACGAGUCCUGUAUCGUAUUUUGCUUCCGGUAAUAUGCCUCAUGCUCACCAGGCUAUUGCCUCUUCGGCUUAUGGCAACGCCUACCAGCCAACUUAUGGACUUCCUCCGGCCUAUGCCAACCGCCCUCCAUCGCCGCACAGAAACAUGUACGGGAUGAGUCAACCAAGACACAACCAGCUAUUGCACAUUGUGCUGUUCAAAUGUUCCAGGGCCGACGUCUUCUACAUCCAGGAGGGUACGGGCCUCACGGUGAAACCAGGCGACCUGGUCAUCGUCGAGGCAGACCGAGGGACAGAUCUCGGCACGGUGGCUCGCGAUAAUGUGGACUGGCAGACGGCCAAGGACCUGAAGGAACACUACUCAGAAGAACACUACAAAUGGCUAAUGAUGUACUCCCAGAACGCCGCCGCUGCCCAGGAGGGAACCGGCGCCGGUUUGAUGGCAGCAUCGAACGGUUUACAGGGAAGCGCUAUUGGAGGCAUGGGACCACCCACUCAGCACCACAUGCAAGAGCCGAAUGCUGGCGAAUUGAAGCCGAAACUCAUCAAGCGCCUUGCGCAAAGCCACGAGAUACACAACCUUCGCGACAAGGAGGGCAACGAAGCCAAAGCGAAGCGGAUGUGUAUGCAAAAGGUCAAGGAGCAUGGUCUGAAUAUGGAGAUUCUUGAUGCCGAGUUCCAGAUGGACUGGAAGAAGUUGACAUUCUACUAUUUCGCCGACGCUUACAUCAACUUCAACUCGCUUGUUACGGAUCUGUUCAAGAUCUACAAAACGAGGAUCUGGAUGUCUGCCAUCAACCCGGCUUCGUUCGCUAGCCCAACCCUCGGCUUGCAGGCACCCAGCGGCGUUGGUCCCGGUGCUGUCGGACUCGGCAGAGGCGGAGGGGCUAAUAACAAUGAGCGACGGUCUAAUCCACCACCGGAACCACAAGGCGCCUUUGCCGGUGGCAACCCUGCGAGUCGAUCAUUCCAGCCAUCUUUUACUCAACCAUUCGGUGCGGCAGAUGGCUCCUCCGCUGUCGGCUCCGCGUUCCCUUCGUCCGGCUUUCCAUACUCUGCCUAUGGGGCCUAUGGCAGUAUGCCUGGCAUGGUGCCCGCCAUGGAUUACACUACCUCAGCCUACCCUCAGAACGGCGAAUUCCCACCCUCCAUGGCAGUACGGUUCCCCAGCCCACACGGCGCACCGUCCCCCCGCGAUCAGACCGUAUCCGGUUUACCGGGUCAUCAGAAUGAGUGGGUUGGGGCCUUCCAGGGACUGUCUCUCAAUUCUCGUUGA